UGCCUAGAAUUCAAGAUGGCGUGUCUUUCAGCUCUUCCACAGGAAUUGACUCUUCAGAUCUUCCAACUUCUCGAGGUUGGUGACAAAAUCCGCCUCAGUGCAACUUGCAAGCACUACCGAGCUCAAUUGGCGCCAGAGAUCUUCAAGACAAUUCGCCUCACCAACGAUGAGAGAGUUGCGCAGUCCGCUCUAGCGGCUAUCGAGGCUCACGGCGAGUACACAACUCGCAUCGAGUUUAAAGGUCACUGCGAGUACGAUUCCGAUAGAACGGAACCUGCCCUCCCGCCAGCCGCAGCCAGGGUCCUUCAAGGUCAUCUCACUCCGAACUUAAGAACCGUCAGCCUUGGGUUUACAUUUGACUUUGAAGAUGGCGAUGAGUGGGAUGAGGGCCAUCCAGAUGCCUCGGGAGGGAUGUCAAUAUAUUUAUUCGAAGGUGAGGAAAGCGAAGAAUACGUCCGAGAGAGGGAAAGGACAUGGCAGUGGCGCGCUCUUAUGAACGAGACCUGGCAGGCGCUGAUAGCCAAUAUCCAUGUGAGGGAGCUUAUCCUGGACAAGCUAAUUCCCAAGUGGACAUCUACUUUCCGCACAGAAGAGUUCCGUCAAUUGCUCUCCCGGCUGGAGUUUGCAACAUUCAACAUACUCGGCACGGAUAACGGCGCAGGGUGGAAGACCAAUACAGUGUGGGGUUAUGUUGCGUUCCUCCAGGAACUAGACACUUCUUUUUUCCACCAUAUGACGGGACUGAAGCACUUGACUAUUCGUGCAAAGGACCCCCUCGGCCUUGAAGGGUUUCGCCACAUCCCUCUUGCGCUUAAGCCCGAGGAUCUUCCAUUAUUAGAAUCGCUGAAGCUUAUGCGCUGCUUCGUUGGCCCGGAGCUGGUCUCAUUUAUACGCGGUCACAAACAAGUUCUCAAAUCUCUCGAUGUCAAAGAAUGCGUUAGUGCGGGUGAAUCUGGCUCGGCGGACAAUGGCAUAUCUUGGGCCGAGUUUCUUGAUCAAGUAUACGAGGCGAAGCCCGCACUUACUGAGCUCAUUGCUGGAGGUGGCCGUGCACCUCUCACCAGAGAAGAGGAAUUCACACCCGACUAUCAGUUCAAGGACGAACCUGAAGACAUCCAGGAGAUUCGCCGAAAGCUCAAGGCCGACCCAAGGCUGCGGUUGUUUGGAUAUGGAUCGCUAGACGACAAGUAUGGCAUGUUUUUUUUAGAUGAAGACGCAAAUGAGGAGGAAUUUAAAAGUGGCAACGACCAGAAGGCAUUUGAUCGACUCAUGGGCCAUGUAAAUCAGAACGCUGCCAAGGCAAAGCAAUGACCUAGGGUGUACGGGUGACUACUUACUUACAACUUACCGAACCUUGCUAU